UUUGUUAAAUAUGCUACUUCAGAAGAAGCUGAUAGAGCCAUUAGAGCUUUGCAUAACCAGUAUACUUUACCUGGGGGAGUUGGUCCUAUCCAAGUCAGAUAUGCUGACGGGGAACGAGAACGGCUUGGGGCUACUGAGUACAAGUUAUUUGUUGGAUCUCUGAAUAAACAAGCUACAGAGAAAGAAGUUGAAGAAAUUUUUUUGCCUUAUGGUAGAGUUGAAGACGUCUAUCUGAUGCGUGAUGAAAUGAGGCAGAGUCGUGGAUGUGGAUUUGUCAAAUAUGCUCAUAGAGAUAUGGCACAGGCGGCAAUUAGUUCUCUCAAUGGAGUAUACAUAAUGAGAGGGUGCGAUCUGCCAUUGACCGUUCGUUUUGCUGAUCCCAAGAGACCUAAACCUGGGGAACCAAGGUUUUUCUCGUGCAUUUUAAUAUUCAUUUUGGGCAUUCCUCCUAAUGCCUGGCCUCCAGCAAGUUCGCAAAAUCUUGGUCCACAUUCUAAUGUUGGCAUGCUUGGUUUUGGAAAUCAGUUGCCUGCUAAGUCUGGCGAUGUUGUGUCUUCUACUCCAGGCUCUAUUGGUGGUCUUCCUGGCAAUGUUGAUGGCAUGCAUUCUGGACCGGUGGUUUCUUCUGCACCUAUGUCACAAAUGGGUUUGAACCAGUCUCGGCCUCAAGUUCCAUCUGUUGGCCCUCAAGUAUCAGCGAUACAGGGACAACCUAAAUCAGGACAACACUUGCCAUCUUCCUUGCAACAACAACCUUUGAAUGCAGCAUCUUUCUCCACAACACAAAGUUUGCAUGGAUCACACGCGCAAUUGGGUCAAAUGCAUAUGCCGUACUCUGUUGGUCUUACUCCUUACAGUCAGGCUCCACAAACACAAAGGCUGCCUGGUUUGAGUGGGCAGUUAACUGUUCCUAAGCCACAGAUGCAACAUAAUGCACCAUCUGCCCCAGGACAAGGACCUGUGCUGGAAAAUUUACAGCAAAUACCACCUGCUCCGCAGUUUCAACCUCUUCCUCAAUCCCCAUCACAGUUAGCUCAGAUGCUGUCACAGCAAAAACAAACUCUGCAGGCCAGCUUUCAGUCAUCACAGCAAGCCUUUUCUCAGCUUCAACAGCAGCUGCAGAUGCUGCAACCAUCGAAUAAAAGUAUGGCAGUACAGAAGAGUCCAGAGGUUGCUAAACAGCAGUCUCCUUGGGUUGGAGUUGCAUCACAGACGGUUAACAGCAAUGCUGGUGUCCGAUCAGGAGAUGUAGCUCCUCAUACAUCUGCUUCACCUUCUGUUGCGGCUCCUGUUAAAUGUAACUGGACAGAGCAUACUUCUCCUGAUGGAUACAAAUAUUAUUACAACAGUACAACUGGUGAAAGCAAGUGGGAAAAACCCGAAGAGCUAGCACUCAACGAGCAGCAACAGCAACAAAAGCCGUCUAUCCAACAGCACGAAGUGCAAUCUCAGCCACAAGGACUGUCUGUACAGCCAGGUUCUCAGACCCAAAUAAACCUUCAAGUUCAACAUCAGGCACAGUUCCAAAAUCAUUUCCGGCCUUUGCAACAAACUUCUCAAUCAUCUUCAUAUCAGGUUCCUGGACUUCCUAAUCGCCAAAACUCUCAGGAACUUGGCUACCAACAGCCCUCUGCAGCCAUUGGUUCUGUGAAUGACGCAACCCGUUAUCAGCAGGGGUUCCAGUCUUCUCAAGAAUGGAUGUGGAAAAAAUAAGCCCGGAGGAGCCUGAUCCAGAUGAUCAAAUAGUUUGAGCACAUAAGAUUGAACUGCAAGGCAGUAAUUCUGUUCGGGCAUGGGAGGAGCCUAGCAUGGAAGAGUAUAUCCUCUAAUCCUGAAAUGUUCGGAAUUUUGUUUUGAGUUGUCUUCUCAUUGUUGAGAAGUAUGUGUGCGUGGCUGCUACCCCGUGAGUCACUUAUGACCAUAUACAUGUUUACUUAAAUGCUUUAGAGUUAUAUUAUGACGUUUUCCUUGAGAUUGUGAUUAAUGUGCGAGGUAGAAAUAUUUUUUAAGGAUGUUUAGAAGUGUUAAUCUUGCUAGUCUCUGAUGGUUUGCAUCAAUUUGCAUUU